AUGAGUCUACAGAAAUUUAAGUUGCCUACGGUGUGCGAAGGAAAGCCUGUGGCGAUGGUAAGACCGUUUAAGAUAAAGUCUUCUCCUCAAGAAGAAGAAAGUUGGGAUGAUGAUCGAUGUCUCAUGGAUAACACACCACCUAACCAGCUGACGGGAUCCAGGACGCCCAUGGACACUACACCGUUUCGGCGGGAUGGAUUCCGAAGAUAUGGACCCAGGAACCCUGCUCCGGAAGUACCAACGGAAGAAAAUUUGGAUGAUGAUCCACCUUGUGAGACUUACAUCCCUAAUGUAGAAAAUAUACCCUUUAUUAGGGAUGUACCUCCAGUGAUGUCGCGUUCGCCAGGGCAGGUUCACCAGGUGGAAUCCAAAGAAUACUGUAUACACUGAAUGCAAAAUGCACUGUACAAUGUCAAUAACUAAAUCAACAAAAACACU